AGCGCCAGAGAGGGAUGCGCAGAGGCGGGGACUCAGAGGCCUCUAUGUGAUUGGCUAGCAACUCAGGGAGCCGGGCGCUGUCCCGAUGAUUGGCAGGCGCUAGACAGCCCUCGGAAACCGCCUAAGCUUCGCCCAUUGGCAUCCUGAGAGAGUAGGCGGGAUUGAUUCAUCGUGUGGUGCUGAUGAUUAGCUGGCGGCUGAGAGUUAGGGUGUUAGGAGAGAGCUCGGGGACGGCGGGGGCGGCCAACUUCCUUCUUGUUAUUGGCUAGCGAGGUGGGUGGGGGUGGUGCGACGGCCCAGGAGCUGUUUGGGAUUGGUGGCUGCUGGCGUGAGUGACAGACAGGGGGGCGAGCUGCGCGACCAGCGGUUUGUUUUUCGGAGCGUUCCUGAGGUGGAGAACGGUGGCCGGACGGAGCGACUGUGGGUCUGAGGGACUGGCGGGCGGGCGGGCCGAGCGGCGCUGCCGAGGCCGGGUUGGGCCGAGCCCAGGAGCGCCCGGGAUGUAGCGGGCCACCCUGCUCAUGCCACAGCGCCCGGCCGCGGGCGGAGCCGGAGCCGGAGCCUGGGGAGGCGGCGGGGGCCCCGAGCGCAGCCCGCGCCCCCCGCGCGGAGCCAGGCCCGCUGCCGUCCCCGCCGCCCGGGACCGCGGCAUGCAGCCCCGGCUGCGGAGGUGACACUCACGGGUCCGAGACGCCGCCGCCGCCAUCGCCACCAUGGACGAACAGGAGGCAUUGAACUCAAUCAUGAACGAUCUGGUGGCCCUCCAGAUGAACCGACGUCACCGGAUGCCUGGAUAUGAGACCAUGAAGAACAAAGACACGGGUCACUCAAAUAGGCAGAAAAAACACAACAGCAGCAGCUCAGCCCUUCUGAACAGCCCCACAGUAACAACAAGCUCAUGUGCAGGGGCCAGUGAGAAAAAGAAAUUUUUGAGUGACGUCAGAAUCAAGUUUGAGCACAACGGGGAGAGGCGAAUUAUAGCGUUCAGCCGGCCUGUGAAAUACGAAGAUGUGGAACACAAGGUGACAACAGUAUUUGGACAACCUCUUGAUUUACAUUACAUGAACAAUGAGCUCUCCAUCCUGCUGAAAAACCAAGAUGAUCUUGAUAAAGCAAUUGACAUUUUGGAUAGAAGCUCAAGCAUGAAAAGCCUUAGAAUAUUGCUGCUGUCCCAGGACAGAAACCAUAGCAGUUCCUCCCCCCAUUCUGGGGUGUCCAGACAGGUGCGGAUCAAGGCUUCUCAGUCCGCAGGGGAUAUAAAUACUAUAUACCAGCCCCCUGAGCCCAGAAGCAGGCACCUCUCCGUCAGCUCCCAGAACCUUGGUCGAAGCUCACCUCCCCCUGGCUAUGUUCCUGAGCGGCAGCAGCACAUUGCCCGGCAGGGGUCCUACACCAGCAUCAACAGUGAGGGGGAGUUCAUCCCAGAGACCAGCGAACAGUGCAUGCUGGAUCCCCUGAGCAGUGCAGAAAAUUCCUUGUCUGGAAGCUGCCAAUCCUUGGACAGGUCAGCAGACAGCCCAUCCUUCCGGAAAUCACGAAUGUCCCGUGCCCAGAGCUUCCCUGACAACAGACAGGAAUACUCAGAUCGGGAAACUCAGCUCUAUGACAAAGGGGUCAAAGGUGGAACCUACCCCCGGCGCUACCAUGUGUCUGUGCACCACAAAGACUACAGCGAUGGCAGAAGAACAUUUCCCCGAAUACGGCGUCAUCAAGGCAACUUGUUCACCCUGGUGCCCUCCAGCCGCUCCCUGAGCACAAAUGGCGAGAACAUGGGUCUAGCUGUGCAAUACCUGGACCCCCGUGGGCGCCUGCGGAGUGCAGACAGCGAGAAUUCCCUCUCUGUGCAGGAGAGGAAUGUGCCAACCAAGUCUCCCAGUGCCCCCAUCAAUUGGCGCCGAGGAAAGCUCCUGGGCCAGGGUGCCUUUGGCAGGGUCUAUUUGUGCUAUGACGUGGACACAGGACGUGAACUUGCUUCCAAGCAGGUCCAGUUUGACCCAGACAGUCCUGAGACAAGCAAGGAGGUGAGUGCUCUGGAGUGUGAGAUCCAGUUGCUAAAGAACUUGCAGCAUGAGCGCAUCGUGCAGUACUAUGGCUGUCUGCGGGACCGUGCUGAGAAGACCCUGACCAUCUUCAUGGAGUACAUGCCAGGGGGCUCCGUGAAAGACCAGCUGAAGGCCUAUGGUGCUCUGACAGAAAGUGUGACCCGAAAGUACACGCGGCAGAUCCUGGAGGGCAUGUCCUAUCUGCACAGCAACAUGAUCGUUCACCGGGACAUUAAGGGAGCCAACAUCCUCCGAGACUCUGCUGGGAAUGUGAAGCUGGGGGACUUUGGGGCCAGCAAACGCCUGCAGACGAUCUGUAUGUCAGGGACGGGCAUGCGCUCCGUCACUGGCACACCUUACUGGAUGAGUCCUGAGGUGAUCAGCGGUGAGGGCUAUGGAAGGAAAGCAGACGUGUGGAGCCUGGGCUGCACUGUGGUGGAGAUGCUGACAGAGAAACCACCGUGGGCAGAGUAUGAAGCUAUGGCCGCCAUCUUUAAGAUUGCCACCCAGCCCACCAAUCCUCAGCUGCCCUCCCACAUCUCUGAACAUGGCCGGGACUUCCUGAGGCGCAUUUUUGUGGAAGCUCGCCAGAGACCUUCAGCUGAGGAGCUGCUCACACACCACUUUGCACAGCUCAUGUACUGAGCUCUUAUGGCCACGCAGCUGCCGGCCGCCCUUUGCUGCUGGGGGCUGCUGCGAGGCUCAGCGAAGUUGCUGCUUCUCCCAGGCAAGGCUGUGGACCAUGGAGCAGCAGCCCAGCUAGCAUCUGUCUGUGCCCCUUCUGCCACUGGGGCUCAGAGCUGGGGUGGGGUGGCUGUAGCCUCAGGACUGGGAGACCCCACCCUGUCAUAUCCAGGAGCUCCAGUGUCCUGAGCUCAGCAUGGAGGGGUAGGGGCUGGGAAUAAUGUGCAAGGCAGCCGUGGGCCCCACCCUUGGGGAUGUGUCCUGACACUGCAAUUGGCACUGAAGCCCAGAGGGUCUGGGGGCACGGGACUGACGCCAGGGUAUGAAGAGUGUUAUUUUCAUUCAGAAGAGUGUUAUUUUGUUUUUCCUUGCAAUGUCUGGAGACCAGCAGGGCAUCUCCAGGUUAGAUGAGCUCCCACAAGCCUGAGGGAAAGGCCAGCACCCCACAGCAGUGGCAGGCAGAAGCCCAGGCUGCCCUCCCCUAGAGCCCCAGGUUGGCUCUGCCAGUCCUGUCCUUUACCAAAGAUGAAUGAAGCAAAUGUCAUGCUGCCUUAUUCAGGGAAGGAGGAGCCAGUCCUGCCUGUGCCCAUGACCCUGCCUCCCCCAGGCAGGGGCCUGUGAUGUCGAACUGCUGCCACUGGGGGGAUCCAGUUUUGUCAAUGCAGUUGUCUGUUUUACAAGUCAAGAGUCACUCUUACGCUGUACCCAGUUUCUAAACUGGAGACUGUGUGUACCCUCUGGGCUCUGAGUACCUGCUGUGGGCUUGGGCCUAGGCUACAUUGGAAAGAGCUGAAGGUCAUGGUCUUUGUGCUCCUGGCCUAGCAUCUGUUUCCCACUGGAGCAGAAGGGGAAAUGGAUGACAUGGCAGGGGCAUCUGGCCUGGCUGGUGCCCUGGUCCCAGAGAGCAUGAGGUAUCUCAGGCUGUCUGAGUCAUGACCUGCUAGGCCAGAGCCCACUCUGGUAGAAGGGAAAGCCCAUGUGCUGUCACCAGCUGUGUCCAAAACUGCCAGCUCUGUUCUUCCUUAGUCAGCCUUGCCCAUCCCCAUGAGGUCUCAGCCUUUUUCCCUUCUAGCUCCUUCCCUAGGGGAGGAAUGACAGCAGGGAUUGGGGAAACAGCAUCUCCAAGCAGCUUAGAGUCGGUCAUAUUUACCUCAGCCUGGGCGCUGGUCCUUUCUUCCGGCCCCUCCCCUCCAAAAUGUGCCUAUUGCUAGAGCUCCUCCCUCUCAACACCCAUUUUCCUUGGGAGUUGUCAUUAAAGGAAAAAAAAAAAAAAAGCCAGUGCCCAGGGAUGGGCGUCUCCAGGGAGCUGGGGAUUAGUGCCAGACAGCCCUGCCAGCCAUGCCUACAUCCCCACGGGCACAGAACAAGCCAAAGCCUUCGUUGUAUGUUGACGAUGCACUUUUAUGAAUGUAGUUUCUAUCGCUGUUUUUAGCCUUUUCACAUGAUGUAAUGUGAGGCCUUGUACUUGUUAAUUUAUAUCUCAGAUCAUAUUUGAUGGUUUUUAUAUAUAUCAAUUCUAGACUGUUACAGGUGAUGGACGCCUCGAGAGAGAGAAGAGAAAAUGAAAGCAGCUGGUUUUGCAGAAGUGUGUGUCACAUGGUGCCAGUUGGGCCUAGACCCCUCUGUUUCCAUCCCUUUUCCCCCAGGGGCUCUGUCGGCCCCUGCACCCCACACUGUCCUCUGAAGACAGCAUAGGCUCCUGCUUCACCUCGGCCCUUGCCCAGGGUGGGGCCUGGCCCUUACCUCGACCAAAGCUGCUGUGUGGCAGCUCGGCCUCUCCGUGACCCCAUCCUGCUGGCUGCACACUCCUCCUGGUCCGCACCCCCAUCCCCAGUCCCUGUUCCCUAAGAGGAUACAGAGCACAGUGCUGGCUGACUCUACUGUGUGUCCCAGGUUCAGGCUCACAGAGCCCCACCCCCUGGGGUGGUACCUCACUGGGAAUUUUUUUUUUUUUUUGGAGACAAGAGUCUCACUCUGUUGCCGGCUGGAGUGCAGUGGCAUGAUCUCAGCUCACUGCAGCCCUCACCUCCCAGGUUCAGGCAAUUCCCCUGCCUCAGCCUCCUGAGAACCUGGGACUACAGGUGUGUGCUACCACACCCAGCUAAUUUUUGUAUUUUUAGGAGAGGCAGGGUUUCACCAAAUUGGCCAGGCUGGUCUUGAACUCCUGGCCUCAUGAUCGGCCUGCCUCAGCCUCCCAAACUGCUGGGAUUACAGGCAUGAGUCACUGCACCCAGCUGGGAAUGUGUUUUAAAAAUGAAUUUGAAGACAAGCCAACAAACCAUACACUCCAAAAAAGCAAAACAGACCCUAAUUUUUUGUGCCAAAAACUGUGGACAUGCUGGCUCAGCAUCCUCAGGACCAAGUUGUUGCUUAAUUUUAAUUUAUUGUUUUUUAAUAAUCCAGAUAAAAAGUUUGGGGCUUCAGGAUGACCUGGGCCCGAAGGUUCUGAAGGUCAGUUUCCUGGCAGCCUCAGGCUUGCUGUGAGAAGGGGCUGCGUCACUUUCUCAUCAUUCCAUGGGGUGUGUCUGCCUGGGCCAACUUUGCAUGCAGAGGCCAGGGCUGGUGACAGUCCACACUCUGCCGCCCUCCUGCCCCUCCCACCCUAGCUCUGCGUCUGUGUCUGAAUUGUGGAUCAUGCAGAACAACCUGCAGCCAUAGUUAUUUGACUAUAUCUUGACCGAGGGCUUGCAGUGCAAAGCCAGGCCAGUGUUGCGCAUUACUUACAAUAAAAGGGAUCAUUUAUAUCA